CCUGGGCGCGGGGCCCGGCCUGUGGCGGCGGCGGCGGAGGCAGCGGCGGCGCGAGCUCGGGCUCGGGCUCGGGCUCGGGGCCGGCUCUCUCUCCCCGUCGGGCGGCGCGGCGCGGCCCGGGAUUCAUGGUGAGGAGGCGGCGGCGGCGGCGGCGGCGGGGGCCGGGGCCGGGGCCGGGGCCAGGGCGGAGCGGCAGCGGCGGCGGACACGGACGCGGGCACGGGCGCGGAGUCGGGAGCUGGAGGCCAGGCGGCGGCUGAGCGGGCGGCCGGAGCGGGCGGCGGCCCAGCGCGCCCCUGCCAAGGCCCCCCAUCCCCGGGCCGCCGCGGCCGGGGCCGGGGCCCAUGGACGCCCCGUCCAUUAUCACCCAGGUGACCAACCCCAAGGAGGAGGAGAGCAGCCAUUCCCCCAGUGGCAGGCGGGACAAAGGGGCUCAGAGCAGCAGCGGCAUCAACCUAAAGAAGCAGAGAAGCCGAAGCAUCUUCAGCUCCUUGUUCUGCUGUUUCCGCAGCUACGAUGUGGACACCACCUCUGUCCACAGCACGAGCAGCACCUACGUGCUGCCCCCCGUGGUGGAGGAGAAUGGGGGGCUUCAAAAGGUCAGUCCUCCCUGGGGCUCCCAAUGACUUCUCAGUGGUCCU